AUGCCUGUCGGAGGGCGCCUUCCCGCUCGCCCUGCUGCGGUGCGCAACGGACAACCGCCACAGCCAGCCGCUCGCCCUGCACCGCGCCGACUGCUGGAACGUCGCCUAGCCGUCGGCUCCAUGGAGGCCGCUGAGCAGCAAGAUACGGAAAAGCAUGAAGGACUCGUUGGCGGGGCCAAGAUCAACAACAAGGAGCUCACCAAGACCGAGCCGGCAGCCCUUCCACCCACCGAGGAGGCGGCCGAGCUGCAGGACGUCGAAGGGAAUGAAGAGCGAGUUGGCGCCAAGGUCGACGACAAGAAGAAGCAGCUGCCGGACUUUUUCGUGCUCGGUAGCAAGGUGGACGGCCACGACCUGAUCAAUGCGCAUCAAGCCGACCCGCGCCUAUCCAAGCCGAGCUGCCCUAUGUGCGGAUGUGCCGAGGGCGAAGAUGGCCAAGGGGAUCGACUGCGCACGAAGAUUGGCGGCGUCAAGCACUGCAAGCAUUGCCUCCACAUCGUCGACGAAUACCAGCCCGACGCGAAGCAUUGCAUCCUCAGCCACACCUGCCGCUACGUGAAGGGGCUUCUGGAAAACGGCAUCCAGACAGAGUUGGUCGACUGCGGGUACAACGUUCGCAUCGCCUACAUCGGUCCUGUGCGGUGGGCUUCCGGUCGGUUCGCGGGCCUCAUCUUUGACGAAGCUGUUGGCCGACAUGCCGGAAAACUCAUUCCCGAUGCGGAGCCGCCGGUUCGCCCUGUGACGCUGCCUAACGACAACGACAACCAAGCCGACAUGCUUCCCCAACCACAUUUGGAGGCCGAGGAGCGGGUCAACCCCAUGGGCUCGCCGCUCAUUCGCCCUGAAGAGCCUCGGAUUCGUACACUGAAGUUGCCGGACGAGAACCCGCCGGACGAGAGUCUGCCGAAGGCAGCGAUCACCGAAGAACCCGAGGAGCGGCAGGAGGAGAGGGCCAACUUGAUGGGCUCGCCGGGCCACAUCGACUACGUGAAGGACGCCCAGCAGAAGCGCAAGAAAGAGAAAAAGAAGCCCAACAAGGAGGGCAGGGCUGUGACGAGGUACUCGGCAUGGUACGUUCCCGUGGAGCUGUGGCUCUUUGAGCUGCCGAUAAGCGUCACCGCACUGGCCAUGCCUGGAGUGAUCGUGCUCCGGAAGGGCCUCGGCGCCAUCGGGAAGCUGACCCAAUCGACGGCCGUCUUCUCGGGAUGUUCGGUCGCGGAUCAGCGAGGCCAAGAAUUGGUGGAGCUGAAAAUCCAUCUGCGCUCCCACAAACUUAUCGUCAUUGAUCGCGUGCAGGCGACCCUGCACGGUCUCCUCGUGCAGUUGGACGGCCUGGGCCUCGCAGCCGUCCAGCUCCGCAUCAUCAACAACAUCGGGCCGAACCAGGAGUGCAAACUCUGCGGCGCCUUGGAGACGUCCAGCGGCGUCUACAAAAUCGGAGGCGCGCUUCUGGACGUGCACUGCCCGAAAAACUCCACCGCCUUUUCCAGAACGUACACGGUCGGCAGCCGCAACUGCCACAGUUCCUACGUCUGCCGGUACGUGGCCGAGGAGGCCAUCAAUGGUCGGCAGACGCGCCUCGUGGACCGAGACUGCUGGUAUUGCCUGAUCAAGCGUGCGGCAGAGCUGAAGAUGGUUGACGUGCCAACUGAACUCGGGGCGAAGCUGGUCAUCCUCGGCUAC